CGCUCUCUUGCCUCAUUUCAGGUUCUCGUGCAGGUUCAGGUUUUUUGCUCGUCUGGUUUCUCAGUGUCUCACACACUUGUCAGUUGGAUUAAAUGCGCAGAACCUCUCUGAAUCUUGUAAACAAAAUAUAAAACUGCAUCCAAACGGAAAGGAUUAGAAAACCUGCCUGCAACAUGCUCUUUUUUCUCCUUCUUGCACUGAGUGUUUCAUCUGGGGUGUGUGAUGAGCUGUAUAAAGAAGCCGGUAAAGAGGUUUCUUUGCAGUGUGGAGCACCUCAAAACAGUGAUAUAGAGUGGAAGUUAAACAACAAUCUCUUAAUCCGCAUUAUAGGCAAAACUGGAUUAAGACACAAGGGUUCUGGACACACUGCGGACAAAGUAAAUUUAUAUGGAGACACUCUGAAGGUUCCCAGACUGGAGCCAAGAGACUCUGGAGUUUAUUCCUGCACACAGUCAGGGAAACAAUACAUGCUGCAUGUUGUGUCAGUGUUUGUUAAACCAGGCCCAGUGCUGAUUCAGUCUAGUGAUGUGGAGCUGCACUGCAACAUUGAAGGAAAUCCAAACACUGAAGUAGAGUGGCUGAGACCCCCUAAUGAUCAAAGAUAUGAUGCAAAAAAUCAAAAGAUUAACCUGAAAUCUGUGACCUCAAGUGAUGAAGGCAAGUGGACUUGUAAGGUCAAAGACCUUAAACUCAGUGUUACGCUGACUGUUGUUGCAAACCACCAGAUCAAUAAUGUUUCUGCUACUGAAGGGGACAACAUAGAGCUGCCCUGUUUUCUUCCUCAUCCUGUAUCUCAGCUUGUUUUGGGGGGGAAAUGGAAAGCUGACCACCUUCCCACAGUCUCUUUCCCAACCCUGAAGAACACAGCAGGCAAAGGCUUACGCUGGGAUGGUGUAAAUUCAUCAGAAGUCAAAUAUAAUAUUGAAAGUCUCGGCAGCAACUUCAAUGUCACUCUGAUAAAGGUGCAGAGCAGCUUUGCAGGGAAGUUUGUGUGUGAAGUGGAGUUUGAGCAUGGAGGAAAAUUAACUGCUGUCACCAAUUUGUUUUUUAAGAAUUUGCAACAAGAUACAGAUGGGAAUGAUGGUAAAAAAAGGAGGAACCAGAACUCUGGACUUGCCGGAGGAUUUUUCACAACGAGUAUGUUGGGAGUUGAACUUUGGAUCUGGAUUGCUGUAGGAGCCUCUUCAGUAUCUCUGUUGGUAGUGAUCAUUGGUAUUGUCUGUACCCGGCAAAAAAACAAACAAAAAAAGAAGAGAGUGAGAAAGCUGAGAUCCAUGCGACAGCCUCUCACAGCUAAAGACUACUGCCAGUGCAACAGGUCUGACAGAGAGGUGGUCUUGUGUCAGCGAGAGAGACCCCUCCCAGCGCCCAGACAACAGCGGAACCCACGAACGGCUGGACUGAACCAUGCAUAUGAGCAUGUUUGAAAACACCAAGCCAUGCCAGGCCUCUGCUUUUAAUCCUUAUAUUGCGUUGCAUUUCUGUUCAUGAUUUAUGCUGGGGGUCAAAUUGAAUUGGAUUCAAAACAAUUGACCAAAAAUCACACUUUUGGACAAAAAUCUGGUUAAAUCACGCAGUGUCAUUCACCAAGCAUGCAUAAUCACAAUUAUUUUUCAUGAUCAAAAUAUGAUUUAGCAAAAGAUUUGAGUUUUCUGAAGUUUUUCUGAAAAACAAUGGAUAUAUAUGAGUAUGCACUGCUGGCUAAUAAGAGGUCAGAAAGAGGUGUAGAUUUAAAAAAAGAAGCUUUUAAACUAUUUUUUAAUCUACUUGUAUUGGAUUUGAGAUUGGCGCACUGUUUGAGGAUCUGGCAAGAUUGUGUCUGCAGAGAGCGGUGUAUGUUUGAGGAAGCGAGGAAAGUCUGUAAAUGAAAUUUUGAGCGGAAAGCCCUUAUAUGAAGAUGAUUUGGGUGUGUUUUAUGCAAAUGACUAACCUUGUCAACGUGGCAAAACUCCAUCACCAUUAGAACCAUAAAAACGAAUUUGCUUAUACACGUGUGUUGUGCAUUAGGUAGAUUGUUUUUGGGAAAAGUUCUGAUGUUCUCCAGAAACAAAAUAAUCCAGACAAUUAGUAAUGAAUGAGACACAGUAAAUCUGGAACAACAAUAUUCCUCACAUUACAACAUUAAAAAGACAUAGGAUUAUGUAAAACUGUAUUCACCAUAGUGUACUCUUUUUCCGAAAAUAUGAAAUAAAAAUGAUUGUAAUGAUUUUUUUUUGUAUUAUUAUGUGCUCUAGCAGUAGAGCAUUGUUCUCUAGCAACAUCAAAGUCAUGGGUUUGAUAUUUGACAAAAUGACCAUACUUGAACCGACAUAAAUUAUAAGAAGUCUUCAAAAAACUAUUUAGGACAGAAAGAAGCACAAUUUAAAGAAAUAAUUGUCAGUUUGCAGGUUCCUUCAUGGUUCUGAAUGAGAAAUUGUCACAAGAUUUAAAAAACAAACACAACAGAAAAUUGUAUUAACCAGUAUUUCUUAAAAUGCUAUAAUUAUGAGAUACAUUACCAGUCAAAAGUU